UUGCUGAACCACUGACUUAGAAGGCCUCAAGAUGCCAGCUGUCAGAGGAGAUGGCAUGCGAGGCCUUGCUGUCUUCAUUUCUGACAUCAGAAAUUGCAAAAGUAAGGAGAAUGAAGUGAAGCGGAUCAACAAAGAGCUUGCCAAUAUCCGGUCCAAAUUUAAGGGAGAUAAAACGCUUGAUGGAUACCAAAAGAAGAAGUAUGUCUGCAAGCUGCUCUUCAUUUUCUUGCUAGGCCAUGACAUUGACUUUGGUCACAUGGAGGCUGUCAAUCUCCUCUCUUCCAACAAAUAUACUGAGAAGCAAAUAGGCUACUUGUUCAUCUCUGUGCUCGUGAACACAAACAGUGACCUCAUCAAGCUCAUUGUUCAGAACAUCAAGAAUGAUUUGAACAGCCGCAACCCUGUGCAUGUGAAUCUUGCCCUCCAAUGCAUUGCCAAUAUCGGCAGCAAGGAAAUGGCUGAAGCUUUUGGCCACGAUAUUCCUAAGCUUCUGGUAUCAGGAGAGACCAUGGACGUAGUGAAGCAGUCGGCUGCGCUGUGUUUGUUGCGUCUCUUCCGCACAAACCCUGACAUCAUCCCAGGGGGGGAGUGGACGUCCAGGAUCAUUCAUCUGCUCAAUGACCAGCACCUUGGUGUUGUCACAGCUGCUUCUUCCCUCAUCGAGGCUCUCGUCAAGCUCAACCCUGAUGAAUACAAGGGCUGUGUCUCUUUGGCAGUCUCGCGUCUCAGUAGAAUAAUCACAGCAAGCUACACGGACCUACAGGACUACACAUAUUAUUUUGUGCCGGCACCGUGGCUCUCCGUGAAGUUGCUGCGAUUGUUACAACAUUACCCGCCCCCCGAGGACCCAGGCGUUCGAGGCAGGCUUAAUGAGUGCCUCGAUGCUAUCCUCAAUAAAGCUCAGGAACCUCCCAAGUCUAAAAAGGUCCAGCACUCAAACGCCAAGAACGCUGUUCUGUUCGAGGCAAUUAGUAUUAUCAUCCAUUCUGACAGUGAGGCUGCGCUGCUGGUUCGAGCCUGCAACCAACUUGGACAGUUUUUGUCUCACCGUGAAACGAACCUGCGCUACCUCGCCCUGGAGACCAUGUGCUUGCUGGCCACUUCAGAGUUCUCGCACGAGGCGGUCAAAAAACACCAGGAGACGGUCAUCAACUCUCUUAAGACUGAGCGAGAUGUAAGUGUGCGGCAGCGCGCCGUGGAUUUGCUCUACGCGAUGUGUGAUCGCACCAACGCCGAGCAGAUCGUACACGAGAUGCUCAACUACCUGGAGAGUGCCGACUACUCCAUCAGGGAGGAGAUGGUUCUGAAAGUUGCCAUACUUGCGGAGAAAUACGCUGGUGACUACACUUGGUACGUGGAUGUGAUCCUGAACCUGAUCCGCAUAGCCGGAGACUACGUGAGUGAGGAGGUCUGGUACCGCGUCAUCCAGAUUGUUGUUAACAGGGAGGACGUCCAGGGAUACGCUGCUAAAACCGUCUUCGAGGCUCUACAAGCUCCUGCGUGCCACGAGAAUAUGGUUAAAGUUGGAGGCUACAUCCUGGGCGAGUUUGGUAAUCUGAUAGCAGGGGACAAGCGGUCCGCUCCUCAGGUCCAGUUCCAGCUUCUACACUCUAAGUACCACCUGUGUUCAGCGAGUACUCGUGCCCUGCUUCUCACAACCUACAUUAAGUUCAUCAAUCUUUUCCCUGAGAUCAAAACUGAAAUUCAGAACAUAUUGAAGUGCGACUCUAACCUGCGCUGCUCCGACGCUGAACUGCAGCAGCGCGCCUCUGAAUACUUGCAUCUUAGUCUGGUCACUUCCACGGACGUCCUCGCGACGGUGCUGGAGGAGAUGCCGCCGUUUGCUGAGAAGGAGUCCUCCAUCCUUGCAGUGCUGAAGAAGAAGAGCGGACGCAUGAGUGCGCAGGAGGCGCAUAAGGAGGCGCGUGCUGCUGGUGGUGCUGGUGGGGCCGCUGCUGCUGUUGCUGCAGGUGCUGUCAAAAACUCAACCAAUGACAAGAACGCGAAGAACAGCAGCGCCGACCUGUUCGGUAUAAGCACUCCUCCAGUGAACAGCCAGAACAACAGCAGCUCCAACACAGGAGUGCUGGUAGACGUGCUCGGUGACCUGUACAGUAGCAGCAACAACAGCUCUAUGCCGUCGGUAGCCACCAACGGUACUAACUCCGCUUCUCCCGCCACACUAACUUCUGGUGUCACCGACAAUAUCAAAAAGUUUGUUUGUAAGAACAACGGCGUUCUUUAUGAAAAUGACAUCAUCCAGAUCGGCGUGAAGUCCGAGUUCAGACAGAACUUAGGCCGCAUCGGCGUCUUCUAUGGCAACAAAACUUCCAUGCCUCUCCAGGGCUUCCUGCCGAGCGUGAGCAUUAGCUCGGCUGACUCAGGUCGGGUGAGCGUACAAGUGAAGCCUGUCGAGAGCACCAUAGAGGCGGGUGCUCAGGUGCAACAGUUCGUCAACUGCGAGUGUAUCGAUCACUUCGAGGAUUUACCCGAGAUGCUAGUGUGCUUCACGUACGGCUCCGUGCCACAGCGCUUGUCUCUCAAGCUGCCGCUCUCCAUCAACAAAUUCUUCGAGCCUACCGACAUGAAUGGCGAAUCAUUCUUUGCGCGAUGGAAAAAUCUCUCCAGCCCAUCUCAAGAGUCACAGCAGAUUUUCAAGACGACCUGCCCCAUGGAGUCAGGGAGCAUCAGGACCAAAGUCAUGGGCUUUGGCAUGCAGAUCCUGGAGGGCAUCGACCCUAACCCCGAGAACUUCGUGUGCGCUGGCAUCUUGCAUACCCGCACGCAGCAGAUCGGCUGCCUCAUGAGACUCGAACCCAACCGACAGGCGCAGAUGUACCGACUAACGAUCCGAGCGAGCAAGGACGGCACGGCCAAGAUAUUGUGCAACCUCCUGUCGCAGCAGUUCUAAGCUCAUCUCAUAACACUCGAGAUGUGGAAGCUUCCUUCCCUCCAUCUCAUCGGCCCAUUGUUUGGGUCAAGUCCUCCCGAUAAUAUUGACGUCGCGCGAUUCCUGUUGCAGUAUGUGACAUUUUCUCAGUAUUUGUUGACCAUGACGCAUGUAACUGCACCUAUGCCAAUUGCCACGGUCGAGGAUCCAUCCAUCCAUGAUUCAGCUGCAAUACUCGUUUAGGCAAUGACGUCUAAUCCUCAUCAACGGGACGUAAUCGCUGCACAAACUGUAUAAGACGUCCUGCCCGCUCUACUGAUCCGUGAUCAAGUUCACUUUAAUAAUAGGCAAGAAGUGACACCUUCAUUUCCUUCGUUACUUGAUAAGCAACUCUUAUCAAGCUUACCCAUCCCUCAUGUUGUCGGCAUUGUAAAAAUGUGAGUUUAGUUCGAGGGUGCUGAUGCUAAAUAUUAAGUGUGAGCUCCUGUAUAUUGGGACUAAGGUUUCUGUAGACCGAACUGCUUUCAUGAGCCUCUUGUGUAUUGCGGUAGUUUGCACUGCGCCAAAGCUUAUCAUUGCAUUGAAUAGGCAUUUAGCGUUGUAGUGUCACCCUUCCCUGUGAAAUAUGCAGGCUGAGAUAGCAAGAAAUUUCUUGGUGCGGUAUGAUUCAGUUUCUAUUUGAAAUGUCGCUUGAAAUUCUGACGUUAAAGAAAUCUAGAAUCUGGGUUUUGUUUAAUCAAAAGUUGUACAGAGUUUGAGUUCAUUAUUUCGUUGUUCUCCCAUAGCCUGCGGAUGUUGUUGAAGAGAAAUUAUUUAUUACUAAAAUGCACUGUCUUUAUUCAUUUGAGACGUGCGUGUUUAUUAAGUUUAUAUUUUGGAUAUCUCGAUGUUAAGAUUAUCAGUCAUUAGUCAUCAAAAUAUCUGGUUUCUAACGACUUCCGUAAGCCUUUUGAUUGCUAUGUUGCUGUCAAGUUGAGACGCCUGUUUGUAUGGCUGGUCAAAUAAACUCCAGUAUUUUGGCUCAUCAUGAAUUUGGUUUCUCGUCGAGAUUGCACCUACCGUAGUGUUUAUGAUAGUAAAGUGUUCAUCGUUGUUGAGGAUAUGUGUGUCAUGGAAGAGUUGUGUAUCAAUAACUUUAAUCUCGACUGUUCUUGACUGGCUGAAUUUUAACCAUACAGUAAUAGGUUAGUAGUUAAUUGAGAGAAUUAAAAUGUAUUUUGGUCUUCUACAUGAUCUAGAACGACACGUGUGAGGCACGCAUGUGUUGUCGAUCUAUCUUCCAGGACCUCCGCUACUAGAGCGAUAUCUUUUGCAUUGUCAUAGAUCACCUGGUAAUUUUUUUAUAUUUUUUCUCUCACUGGCAACUGAUUAUUUUGAAAUAUUACCAUGGCCAAGAAAAAGUCCCUACUCCAGCUGACUCGAGUAAAUUUUUGACCCGAGGUUCUUUCGCAACUCCAACUAGGGUUCCAAACGCCCUAAUGCUCAGUUGUUGCUUCAUUCUAAUAUCUUCGCUUGGAGCCUAUUUUUUGCAUGAACAAUAUUUUUAGUCAAACAUUUCAUAUCACAUACGCAAUCAAAUCAGGAAACAUUUUCUUUGCUGAAUAAUUCCACGUUGAUUCAUGAGAACGGUUGCGCUUCUCCAUAUACUUAUCAUUAUUGUAUUUGAAAUGGGUGCUUGCAAGAUAUUUGAUUUGUAUUAUGAGACUGUGAAGCAGUCGUUCAGGGACGAUGUCAUCUCGAUCAAGCUUCUGCUUGUCAAUUGCCAAAAGAUCUCGUCCUCCUGAGGGAGAAAUUUCAGAAAAAGUUGCGAGUUUCCCCUGAGAUGCAUGCCAAUAUUUCCCGAACAUUUUUUCUACACUUCAAACUCAUUUGUUUAGCGUUCAAGGCAGUGACGUAACUAUUGCGUUUGAAGAGUUUUUGUUCGUAAGAAGUUGUCAUUAGAGAGCUGUUUAUAGAGUCCUUUUAUUACUACCUAGCUCUAAUGGAUGUGAGUGAGCCCUGAUGCUGAUAUGAACCAUCGUUUAUCCUAGUAAUUAGCAAAUCAAUUACUAAUAAUAUUUAAAACAUACAAUCUCGAUUGUGUAUCAUAGAUUUGUAAGAGGCGAUCAAGCGAGCGUAUGAUGUGCGCUAGAGCUUAUGUGCUCUGGCGUACAUACCCUUUGGUCUGUCAGUCGUGUUGAUGUUUGGCCUCUUCUUCUCUAUGAAUAAUAUGGUUGGCCGGUGGUAACUGGCCACUUUACAUAGCUACGAUUAAUAGUAUAAGAUGUAUCAUAGUGACUAAUUACUGAACUGUUGUUAAUUGAACGUAUUUUUUGAACCAGAGUUAAUUACUUAGCGUUCUUUUGUUUUUAUGGUCUAGAUUGUUCAUUACAAUUUCACUUUGUUGUAAUUUCUUCGUCUGUUCUGAGCAUCCCUUGCCAGCUCAAUGCUAUGAACGCCACGAUAGAGGGUGAUGCCCAGCGCGACAUGCUCUUACCCAAGCAUUUGUAGGCAUUACUCACACAAGGAUGCUGGAGUUAUUUGUUAAGUUACUCCCUCCCCUCCUUCUGCAUGCAAGACUUCUUUUCUUCUCAAUGCUAAUUGGCUGAGCUUUUGAGCCAGUGUGCAUGAUGUUCUCGUUUUCCAAAAGCUGGAAAUUUAUUGUUUCUCUGUGGCCCUUAUUUGUGCUACGUGCAAGCUACACACCACGAAUGUAUUUGAACGCAGUGUUUGAAGCGCAUGUUUCUUUCAUUUCACGUUCGUGCGAGCUCAAGAGAUGAUGGCUGGUGUUAAUUUAAUUCUUGUUCUUUCUGUUAUUUUUAAUUCUGCACAUGUUGCGUGUAAAUCGGGCGUGCUUCUUUGAAUGGAGGUGUUCUAUGUAGCUAGCCACUAUUUUCCUUCUAGCUAUUCAGCACACUUUCAUGUAUUAAUGGACACAGUCAAUGUUCAGUUGAUAAUGUAUUUCUCGGGGGGUUGGAGGGUAGGAUUUUAGUAGGUCAAUUUUCUCUUGGUCGCGGUAGGAAUGGUGUUACUUCCUGGGUAGGAACCGCUAGCAUGCGUUCGGUUGCCCUCCAGUCGUUGAGAGUCUAGGAAAUUGUUGUAUAAAUUCCGUUUUUUUUCGGGAGAACGGGAGUGAGGAGCAUCUUUUACAGGACAAUACUCAAUAUUGAGAAUGAAAACUCACCGUGCAAGCUUUUUUCUAUGCUACAGUAUUCGUCAUCUGCCGC